AUGGAUAAGAGACAAAGCCUUCUUAUACUUGUUGCUGAUCGGAAAGCCUGUGAAGAUGGCUGGGUGCUACAUCUUGCAAUCAACCGCAAGGGCCAGAUUCUUCCCUUCCGAAUGCGUGACCAGGCUCUAGCUUGUACCACCAAUGUUGGGGCCUGGCUCGGUGGUCAGACCUUGGAUGAGAACACUGCCAACCCAGAUGAGGAUGUGUUUUAUGGCAAUUAA